GUUUAAGAAAAUAAAGAUGACUUUUGAAUCUUGUGGCAUUAAAUUAAAGUUGUAUCAAAUGUACUAAAAUGCUCUUUAAUUUUGUGGUUCUAAAUAUGUAAUGUGGAAAGUUGAAAUUAAAGUAUUGCCAAAAAAGGAAAGGGGUCAUUCUUUUUUAAAUUGACUAAAAAGGAAAGUAGGUUAUUCUUUUUUAAACGGAGGGAGUAUUAUAUUGGUUUGUUCUUAUUUGUCUAAGCCUAUUAGUAAUCCUAAUUUGUAUAGGAUUGGGCAAUUUUAAAAUUUAUAAAUUUACAAAUUCAACUCAAAUUCAGAUUUCCAAAUUCAAACUUUAUUAUAUACUUGCUUUCUCACAUCAAUCCAUUCACUAAUAGUAUUUUCUUUUUUCCUUCUUGAUUUUCCUUUCUACAAUCAUCCAAACACCGCCCAAAAUCCUACAUCCCAAACUUGCAACUUUCAUGCCUUCCUAAUUGAAACAAGUUUAAAAAAAAACUCACAAAUCAUACCUUCUUUUCGUAAUUUUCUCUCUCUUUUUUUUUUUUUCAAUCAUCCAAACAGCCCCUUACCCUUGCCUCCCUCAUUGCAACUUCCAUGCUCCUUGGUAGAACCAUUAUGAGGACAUAAUGGCGAUUGCUCGUUUGCAUAUUAUUUUUUGAGAUUCAACAACAUAUAUAUCCGGUAUAACCCUAUAAGUGGCGACAAGGAGGAUAGAGUAUAAGUAACCUAACUCCUAACUAGGUGGUUACAAAGGUUGUUUCACUUGAGAAAAAGUAUUUCAAAGCAGUUCGGAAAAAAGUCAACCUUAUCCCUACCUUGGGAGGUGGAGAGACUUUUUUUGAUAAACCUUCGGAAAAAAACUAACCUUAUCCCUAAUUUAGGAGGUAGAGAGGUUGUUUUCAUUAGACUUUGGCGCUAAGAAAAAACAUUUCAAAGCAGUUUGGAAAAAGAAAUAUGAGUUUGAUUAUGGAUUUGAAAGAAGAAGGUAACGAUGAUCUAUCGAUACUACUAAACUUUUCAUCAGUUGAAAAUAACUACAUUUACAGAUCAGGAUUCCCUCAUCCCUCCAACUUUGCUUUCCUCAAAUCACUCAAUCUUCGUUCUAUCAUAUGCUUAUGUCCAGAACCCUACCCCGAAGAACACAUGGAAUUCCUACGAAUAAACAAUAUCAACCUCUACCAAUUCGGACUCGAUGGAACAAAGGAUCCAUCAACUAUGUCAAGCAGAAGUGAAAUCAUAAUGAGUGCUUUGAGAGUGAUAAUUGAUGAGAGAAAUUAUCCAGUUUUAUUACAUUGUAAUCGCGGAAAACAUCGUACUGGUUGUGUUGUUGGAUGCUUGAGGAAAUUGCAGAACUGGUGUUUGGAUGCUGUGGUGGAAGAGUAUAAGCAUUUUGCAGGAGCAAAGUGGAGGGAAAAUGACAUCAAAUUUUUAGAGGGAUUUGAUGUUCAAAUAUUAUUUGAAUAUUUCAGUUACUUGUGAUAUUGAAUAUUGU